AUGGAUAUAGAAAAAUAUGCGGAAAAGUUUGAGGCUUUGAAAAGACGCGGUGUUCGUGUUUCCGUGGAUAAUCGAAAAAAGCUGAUCAAAGAAGAACGAGAAGUAGAAGAAACUGGUAAACCAAGAGUUUACAGCAUGAAGGAAGAAGAUAUUGAGUCAAAUGAUGCUGUCGACGCAAAUCAUGUGAAAAAGGACUUACUUAACUAUUCAUUACGAGACUACGAUAAGUGGAACAGCCGAGGUGUUGAGAAAGAGACAACUACGAGAUCGAAAAAUAUGAAAAGCGACUUACAAGAUCUAGCAAAGUCUACGUACGAUAAAGACGUCAAAAAACUGGUAACCACUGCCCCAGGAGUGUCGAAACCAACUUUGAAUUCUAGAGGGAAAAUUGUAGCAAACGACGACUGGCGUUUGAUCGAUAAGCUAGCAUCGUCAUUGAAAAGAACCGCACGGGAGAGACACGAGGAACUGGGGAAAAAAUGGAAAGCCCAGCAUGAAUCAUCGGAGGUCGCCAAUUAUGUCAACAAUAAGAAUAAACAGUUUAAUGCAAAGCUGGCGCGACAACUAAGGAAAACGGACGACUAG